AUAUCGAUCAGCAUAUAUUUGCAAGUUGCAACGGACAUCACCAAUCGGGGUCCUUGCAUUGCCGGAAGUGAUGAUGAAUGGAAGACAAUUGCAAUGGAAUGUUGUAUCACAUACCUUAAUCAUGUAACACGUGCCCGAAUCAGUACGACAAUUGGGUUUUCAUACACUGGAUUGGGAAUUCUCUUCUGCUUUCUGCAAAAUCACUGCAAAUUGGUAUGCGGUCAAGGAGACGGUCAAAAGUUUCCCGACUACUGUAACGUGACCUCAACCAACGUGUCCACCCCGGAUUACUUUUCACCCUUCUAUCCACAUCCCUAUCCCAAUAAUAGCGAUUGCAGUAAGCUAAUUACGGCACCGCCCGACCAUAUUGUUGAGCUGGAUUUUCGAGGCCGGUUCCACAUUGAAGGGCGGGACUGCCACAUCUUACGGAAUUCCUUUAUCCCUAAAAGGCCAAUUGAAUGCUAUUGUCAAUAUGACUUUCUGGAAGUCAGGGAUGGACCAUAUGGAUAUUCGCCUCUUAUAGGUAGAUUUUGCGGUACAAUUUAUCCACCAAGUUUGCGGAGUACAACGCGCUACAUGAAGCUGCGAUUUAAAACUGAUGAUGCCAUCCAAUUCGAGGGAUUUUACGUUGUAUACAGGAGCGUGCCUUAUGAGCGGAAGCGUGACGUCUGGAAUGCGACUGGAUGUUUUAUUAGCAUGUCGGACAGCAAGGAAGGAAUGGUGAAUUCCUCGUCCAUUCCCAAACGAUUUAUAAACGAUGCUCAACAACAUGGUGUGCCUUUGGAUUGCAUUUUCGAAAUUAGCAUUUCUAAUGCAUCACAGAUACUUUUACGGUUCACUGAACUGAAGCUGGCCAAUCCCGACGACUGUGAUAUGGAUUUCAUCGAUAUUCAUCAGUCUUCAUUAGAAUUUCACAAUCGAAUUCGUCAAUAUUGCGGAGGAUCAACCAAUCAUUCUGUUGUUAAUUCUUCAAAAGCCAUCUUACACUUCAUGAGCGAUCCGAAAAAACUAGAUGAAAAUGUUUUCAAUGCCUAUUAUACCGUGUUAAAACGAUCCUCUCAGUGCCAAGGCGAUUCGGAUUUCGACUGCGGCGAUGGAACAUGCAUCGCAGCUGACCUGGUAUGCAAUAAACGACCAAAUUGUAUAAACAAGAUCGAUGAAUUAAACUGUGACGGAAUUGGCUGGAAAAAGACAACUUUACAAAGUGUGAUCAUUAGCGUUGUUGUGGGCAUUAUUGUUGUCGGCGUGUUGGCGGUAGCCAUUUGUCUCACCUGCAACGAAAAACAAAUAUCUCAACCCCGACGCUAUUUCGCCCCGGCACCGCUGCACAAGGCUGUGGCUACUGAAGAAUUCGGAUUCGGAUGUACAGUGGACGAAAUGUUUGCUCGGAGUAAAGAAGAGGAAUUAGGCUACUUCGUUCGGCGUGUACCGGGUCCGAUUGUGGAGAAUGUCCCGAAAUCCACGCUUGUUCGCGGUCACAGUUCAUCGGAAUUAUUGGACAACAGCACAGUGCCAAAUAGCACGGAGCACACCAAUUCCCUGAACCGGCCUCGCACUUCCCGACCCAACGGACAGGCCAUCAGUGCGGCCACGCCCAGUCCCCGUACGCGCAGUCAGAGUCCUUCCGGUCGGCACCACCAUCGGCUGCACUUCCGUGAACCAGUCGUGGUGGAGGCUGACCAUUCGGUUAAUUUGCAUUCUUCCAUCCGCGAUGGGAUAGCGGUGUACAUGUAUUCGCCCAACACGAAAAGAAAACUCAAAAGGGUAGCCAAUUGACUUUUCUAUGGUCCGACCGGGAAAAAUUCAUAUAUAUGUGUACUUUGUUUUUGUACUGUAAUUGGAGUUGGUUUUGUAUCGCUGGCUGUGAUAAAGCAUUUUUAAAACGACGUCAGAUGCGACUGACACGUACCUCACCGAAAUUAAAAC